UUAAAAACAAUUUAUCAAGGUGAGAUUAAUUUACAUUUGGAAAAACCAAGAUAAGUAGUAGUUAACUGCGCAUAAUUCCAAAAUAAAUGUUAAUUAUUUAUAUGUAUGUAGUCAUGAUACUUCUUUCAGCAAUACAGGUAUAGAAUCAACCAGCAUUUGAAUAAGGUUUAAAGAAAAGUGAUUUACACGUCGACAGAAAGAAAACAGUUUAUAUUUUUAGACUAGAGAAUUGUACAUGUACUUAAUCAGAAUUGACCGGUAUGUUGGAUACUCGGGUUCCUGUCUAUGCUAUACCAGUUGCCUUGUUUUCCUGGAUAGUUGCCCUUUUAACACCGGGAUGGAUAAUUUACCAAAAACUGAACGAAAAUAACUAUCAAAGUAUCUUUUAUACUGUAUCCUGUUCACGGGAAACCGCCUGCCUGUCAACCUUUUCCUUUAGUUUGCCCCUCCUUGAUAUUCAUUUUGCCAGCAUACUCUCUCUUCUUCUGUGCGGGGUCGGCUGUCGGAUUCUUUGGGCUUCCGUCAAAAAAUGGCGUUCAAACCCCAAAAAGGCUGUCAUAGGGGGAGUGUUAGUUCUAAUUGCAGCUACUUUCGAACACGUCCUUUUGAGUCGAUUUUAUGGCUACUACUUCCUAGAUGGAACGGAAUGUUCUAAUGGCGUUGCCUAUUCUGUAAUCAUUGCUGGACUUGGCUUCUUGUUGGUUCUGUUCUCUGUUGUGAUGAUUCUUGUGCGUUUCGUUGCACCACAAACACAGGCUGAUAAUGAUCAGUUAAUAUCAGAGGAAACUAGGAUGGUUAAAACCAGAGUUCUUCCUGUUGCUUUACUGCUUGGUUUGUUGUUCAAGAUCGUUGCAUUUGCAACACCGGGUUGGAUAAUGUACGAGGAAACACAUAGUACAACUUGGAUUGGAAUAUUCUACUCAAGGACUUAUGAAGGAGACAAUAGUCGGACGACAUCUUUUCUUGACAGAUCACGUGAUGAAUUUGGUAUUAUCGGUCUUCAGAUUAACUGUGUCAUUAAUGUUGUGUUAUCCGGGGCCGGCAUUCUGGUCUUCAUUUUGAACAGCAGGAGAGUAUCUAAGCACGUAAUGGUUAAGCCUGUAGCAUAUAUAUCAAGUGGAAUCUUUCUGUGUGUAGGAGUUACUUUGGAGUUUGCCCUGCUUCUUCGUUUUAUUGGAAUGUGUAUACUGAUAUUUCUACAGUCUAUAUGGUUUCCAUACUCUUUUGUCCUUGCCUGCGUGUCUUUCGCUUUGCACCUUUAUUCCGUUGUGGUGAUACUUAUUCGCUAUAAAAGAGGCAACGAGGAAGGAAAUAAUGACAACCAGAUGACGGAAAAUCCAAGUUGUAUGGGAAUUCACCAAGAUGUGAUUACAGACAAUGCAAAUGUAAUAGCAGACAACAGACCGGAAGUGAUGACAGAUAAUGAUGAUCUGACGAAGUGGUAACUACGGAAGCGUACUGCUGCCAAUUGAAAAAAAAAUCAAAGACGUACCUACGACUUAUUAUCUAGUUUUCAUUUACUAGAUCUUGACUUGUGGACAAAUCAACGACUAUAUUUCAUCUUAUGAAAUUAUACAACUUAUUGUGAUAAUUUGUGAAUAGUUACUGUAUGCGAUUAUCUAGAGGGAAUGGAAAAAAUCCCUUUAAAAAAUCAGGUUUCAGUUUUCAACUAAAGAGUAUAAUAUCUUGAUAAAUGUGUCUGAUUCAAAGAUGCAUUGAAGAUUGUGUGUAAAUUUUGCGAUGUCUAUCAUGAAAUGAUGUGCAUUCCUUUUCAUAAUUAUAUGCUUAUUAUACAAGUCUACCGAAUAUUUUUAAUGGUUGGUGUUUGGUUACUAUAUCUCUAUCAAAUAUGAUCUUUUAAAAUAGAAAAACAUACAAUUUUUGAUAAAUAUUCACAUUGUUUAUCUAAGAGAUACCCCAAACAGUCAAUUAAUAAUUAAACCCUGUGUAAGUCCAUAAAGGUCAAGUAAAGCAGCAUUGGUAAAUAACCUAUUUCUCGUUAGUUUGCGGGGAAAGUGAAUACUUAAAUCACUUUUUGUAAUCAUUUGGGUAUGUUCUUCAUCAUACAUGUAUUUAAAUUUGAAUACAUAGAUAAAAUAAUACAAUUCAUUUGCCUAUAUUUUUUUAAUGUGGACUUAUCAAAGUAUCUCGUUCUCACGACAUAG